AUGCCAUAUGACAUCAUCAUGAAGAUCAAAGGCUUCAUAUGCCACAUGACAUCAUAUAGGCCAGAAGAAAGAACAGUGACACAGAGCAUCCCACAAAGUCCCUGGUCCAGGACUAUCCGACUCCCAGGUCAGAAAACAAACAAUUCGGCCUUGGGUGAUACCAAAACCUCUGAAAACACACUAAAAGACAACAAGAGGCCAGAAGAAACAGCAGUGACACAGAGAAUCCGAAAACGUUCCUGGUCCAGGACUAUCCGACUCCCAGGUCAGGAAACAAACAAUUCGGCCUUGGGUGAUACCAAAACCUCUGAAAACACACCGAAAGACAACAAGAGUCCAGAAGACCAGAGAGAAACAAACGUGUGGAUCAUUGGGUCCAGCUACAUCAGACGAGCCGGGGGUGAAGCAAAAGAGAUUUUCGGAGACAAUUUCGGACUUAAUGCCAAAGUCCAGUGGUUUGGCAAAGAAGGAAUGCGCUGGGGGGGAGUCCUUCCUCGUUUUUAUGAGGAGCUAUCGACACAGAGCCCACCUGACAUACUAGUAAUCCAUGCUGGGGGUAAUGAUUUGGGACUCUUUUCUGCUUAUAAACUUUCUUCUGUCAUUGAGAAGGAAUUGAUGCAACUGCACACAGAGUUCCCCUCAAUGACAAUUGCAUAUUCAUCCAUCAAUGGGCGUCAAGUGUGGAGAUAUGGAAAUCCAGUCGAAAUCAAUAAGGACAGGAUGAGUGUGAAUGCCAGCAUUAGAAAGGCUGUCGACCUCUUUGAUGGAGUGAUUAUUGAGCAUCCGUGCUUCAGGUUUUUCAGCAGCUCAAAUUUUUUACCCGACGGAGUUCAUUUCUCCAAGAAAGGAAAUGAACUGUUUCUGACAAGCAUUCGCACGGCCAUCCAGGAAAGUCUUCGGUCACGUCACUGAAAACUGACUUGAGACAUUCACAGUCCAGAAAACCAUACGUUGUUCAUUUUAGGUAAUGUGAACAACAUAUAGCUAACGUGUGCUCUCUUUUUUCUUUUCCUCUGCCUCUCACCCACCAACCAGUCAUGACAGAUGGCUGCCCCUUUCUUAGCCUGGUUCUGUCAAAGGUUUCUCCCUUUUUAUAAGGGAGUUUUUCCUUUCCACCGUUGCCCAGUGCUUGCUAUUAAAGGGGAUCAUUUGAUUGUUGGGUUGAUACAGGGCUCGCAAAAUCAC